GCCAACUCAUGCACGAACACUUUGGAAUUGAAUGCCAUGGCGACGCAACGCCAGAAACCAAACAUGAUCUUCAUCAUGGCCGACGACCUCGGGUGGGCAGACCUGAGUGUGUAUGGCCAAGUCGACUACACGACGCCUCGUCUCGACCAACUCGCUGCGCAAGGCAUCCGGUUCACCCAAGCCUACGCCAACUCUGCCGUGUGUUCGGCAACGCGUUUCGCGCUCAUGACAGGAAGAUACCAGUACCGGCUGCCAGGAGGCUUGGAGGAGCCGAUCCCAACGUCGGUAGGACCUCGUGGUCCGAUUGGAUUGCCGCCAGACCACCCAACACUUCCGUCCAUCCUUCGCGACGCUGGCUAUGACACGGCGCUCCUCGGCAAGUGGCAUCUCGGGCCACUACCCACCUUCGGCCCGCUGAAAAGCGGAUACGAUCGCUUCUUUGGUAACCUAAGCGGCGUGAUCGACUACUUCACACACAAGCCUGGUGUCGGCGACCACGUCGCGCGCGAUCUGUGGGAGGGCGAGACUCCCGUCCAUCGUGUGGGGUACUACACGCAGAUCCUGGCGGACGAAGCGUCUGCAUUCGUGACGGAUCCGGAUCGCACGAAGAAGCCGUUUUUCCUGUCGCUUCACUUCACGGCUCCGCACUGGCCUUGGGAAGGUCCAGACGAUGAAGAAGUGUCCAAAAACUUAACGAGCAUCUUCCAUUACGACGGUGGCACCCAAGCCACGUACGGCCGCAUGGUCGAAGCAUUGGAUAAGUCCGUGGGCCAGGUCUUGGAUGCCCUUGAAGGGGCAGGACUUAGCGACAACACGAUUGUCGUGUUCACGAGUGACAACGGCGGCGAACGGUUCAGCAAGACCUGGCCGUUCACGGGGCAAAAGACGGAGCUUCUCGAGGGCGGUCUGCGGGUGCCGACCAUCAUGCGGUGGCCCGCAGGGCUGCCGACGCCGUACGUGUCGACCCAGGUGAUGGCAACGAUGGACUGGCUGCCGACGCUGCUCGCCGCCGCUGGGCUCGAGCCGACCCGCGAAUUUCCCACGGACGGCGAGAACUUGCUCCCGAUUCUGCAGCAUCGUGCUCCAGAGCACGACCGAACGCUCUGUUGGCGGUACAAAGCGCACGGACAACGCGCGAUUCGCGACGGCAAGUACAAGUACCUCAAAAUCAACGACAACGAGUUUCUGUUUGACAUUGUCGAGGAUCCCCGCGAACGCGGCAACUUGAAAAAUCGGCUGCCCGAUGUGUUUCGCAAGCUCAAGCAACUCUGGUCCGACUGGGACGCCACCAUGCUCGCGAUGAACGAAGGGACGUACACGCACGGCCUCACGCCACCGAUCCAAGCCGAUCGGUACGCGCCUCAAGAUCUAACGCCCCCAGUGAAGCCAACAUAAGGCGCGGCGUCGAUAGAGCUCGACUUGGUCGUGUCCAGUGUGUCCUUCUUGAAUGUACUGGUGCAUUGUCGAUUGCGAGGCGUACAUAUGGCGCAUGUGAUGCGAAUCGUUGCUGUGAUGUAUCGAAAGACUGCGCCAUUCGACGAGGAUAAAGUGUAGUGUGGGU